UACAAGCUAUAAAACAUUCUUUAGUUUUCUGACUCUAUAUAUAUGUAUUCCAUUUUUUCCUGACUCGCUGCUUUAACAACCACAUGAAACAAAGAUGAACAGAGCCGGCGGCGGAGAUGUGGUAGAGACGGUGGUUAAAAGUCUUGGCAGAGGUUUCGAUAUAACGGCGGACUUCCGGUUAAAAUACUGCAAAGACGGAGACGAUGGAGAUGACAGAUUGGUUGUCCUCGACGAAACUCAAAACAGAGAACUGCAUGUUCCUGGUUUCGGAGCUCUUCAGAAUGUCUCCGCCGAUAUUAAUUGCGACAAAGGAGAACGCACUCGGUUUCGUUCCGACAUUCUUGACUUCAACAAGAUGUCGGAGUAUUUUAACAAGAGAUCAUCGGUGACAGGAAAAAUACCGUCGGGAAAUUUCAACGCGACGUUCGGGUUUCAAAGCGGGUCAUGGGCCACUGACGCCGCAAACGUUAAAGCUUUAGGUCUUGACGCUUCUAUCGUAACGCUCUUUAAUCUACAUAUACACAAUCCCAAUCGUUUGCGUCUCACUGAUCGCGUUCGAAACGCUGUUCCCUCUUCCUGGGACCCGCAGUUACUUGCCAGGUUUAUAGAGAAAUAUGGGACACACGUAAUAACUGGGGUGAGCGUAGGAGGACAAGACGUGGUUGUUGUGAGACAAGACACGUCCUCUGAUCUCGACACCGACCUCCUCCGCCACCAUCUCUACAAUCUCGGCGACCAAUUGUUCACCGGUUCUUGUCUUCUUUCUUCACACCGGCCUAAUAAGAAGGCUAAUCACAACUCACAAUCUCAGCCCAAGUUUCCAGAGGCGUUCAAUGUAUUCGAUGACAACCAAACAGCUGCUUUCAAUAAUUUUUCGAUAAAUUCCAAAGAUGGGAUAACGGUUAUAUGCGCCAAAAGAGGAGGCGACGGACAAGCAAAGAGCCAUAGCGAAUGGCUAGUAACAGUCCCGGACAAGCCAGACGCGAUCAACUUCAACUUUAUUCCGAUCACAUCACUGCUCAAAGACGUCCCUGGCUGUGGUCUUUUGUCUCAUGCCAUGUCUCUCUACCUUAGAUAUAAGGCGCCGUUGAUGGACCUACAGUACUUUUUGGAGUUUUCUGGGCCUAGAACGUGGGCUCCGAUUCAUAACGACCUUCCGUUUGGAGCAGCGCCAAAUAUGGCUUCGGCGUAUCCGUCACUUCACAUCAACUUCUUGGGGCCAAAACUAUACGUUAACACCACUUCUGUGACUAGUGAGAAGAACCCAGUAACAGGAAUGCGAUUUUUCCUCGAAGGCAAGAAAUGCAAUAGGCUGGCUAUACACUUACAACACCUAGAGAAUAUGAGGACAACGGUCAAUGAAAAGAUCACCGACGAUCAUAUAUGGAGAGGCUCCGACGAAAUCUCCGACAGCGACCGUUACUUCGAACCAUUAAACGGUAAGAAAUUCUCACACGUGUGUACGGCUCCAGUGAAAUAUGACCCAAACUGGAUCACAACAACAACAACCAACAAAAUCUCAAACAAUGUCGCCUACAUAGUCACGGGAGCUCAGCUAGAAGUGAAGAAACACGGCUCAAAAUCAGUUCUUCAUCUCCGUCUCCGUUUCACCGGAGUCUCUGAUCACAACGUAGUUAAGAAAGAGUGGGUCCAUGGACCAGGAACUUCAAAAAAAUCUGGAAUCUUCUCUACCAUGAGCUUACCGUUGACUAGUGGGAGUGUUCAUCAUAAUAUGGUUGAUAACAAAGACAAAAACCAGGUCGUUUUGGACUCCGGUGUCUUCCCCGGAGGACCACCCGUGCCGGCUAAUAACAAGAUUGUUAAGUUCGUGGAUCUGUCGCAGUUGUGUCGAGGACCUCAACAUAGUCCUGGUCAUUGGUUGGUCACUGGAGCUAGGCUUUAUUUGGAAAAAGGGAAACUUAACUUGCACGUCAAGUUUGCUCUGCUACAUCCCCAACGCGCCUCCUUGCCUCUUCUUGAAAAAUAGCUUUUCUUUUUUUGAUAAAACAUUUGAAUAGCAAAUUUUUUUUUUCAUAAAACAUAUAAAGAGCAAUAUUUUUUUUUUACACAGUAACUUGAUUUAUUGAUAUCAAGAGAUUAAGUU